AAUGAAUGCUGCUAACUUAAAUUUAGAAAAAGACAAGUAUAAGGAUUUAUUGAAGAGUAUAAAAGAUGAAUCAAUGCAACUUGCUAUAAGACAUCAAAGCAAUUCUUAAUAUGUUUUAGAGAAAAAGAGAAAAUUAAAAAUGGAUUCUGAACAUAAAUUUACGUUGGCUCUUCCAAGUAUAGAAAACAGUUCUUUAGAAGAUAUAUCAACUCAUUUUCAUUCAAUCCGUAGAAGCUAACCAGGAGGAUUUUGUGAAUUAAUAGCCAAUAAAUCUUAAUAAAAGUUUAUUUAGCAAAGCUUUCUUGAAUUACAAAGAAACAAAAUGUCUUAAACUUAUAGAGAUAUUAGUUUAAGUGAAAGGAAAUUUAAAUCAUUGUAACGUAAAGUUCCACAUCGAGAACCAUUAACAUUAAAAUAUUUAGAAAAAUAGUUAGGAAUAUCAAAUAGCCCAGAAAAACAAAUUUUACCCACUGUUUAAAGACAAUAAUAAUAAAAAAGAAAGAUUACAGAAGAAGACAUCAAAGAAGAAUAACCAAUUGUUUCAUUUUUUGAAGAAACCUUAAACUCUUAUUCUUAUGCUGUUCCUAGUAGAAGAGAAUCUGCAUAGAUUGGAGUUGUUAGAGAUAGAAUGUAUGUCUUUGGAGGAAUGAGUGGUGGAGGAAUAACAAAUGAAAUAUGGUGGUUCGAUUUAAGUAUAUAUUUAAAUAAAGUAAAUAGAAAAGCAAGAAUGGAGUAAUUAUUGUUCUAAUGUUUAAUUAUUUAUUACCAGUCAUUCUAUGGUAGUAUGGAAAUAGUUUUUAGUAUUAUUUGGAGGAUCUGGUUAUUAUGAUCAUAAAAUGAAAAUUAGAUAAGUUUAUUCAACUCUUGGAUUUUUCAAUACAUUAACUAAUUAAUGGACAACAUCAUUAGAAUCAGUGGAACCUAGAAGAGAACAUAAAGCAUCAAUUCUAUUUGGAAAAUUAAUGGUAAUAACUGGUGGAUUAGAUUCAGCAGAGAAACUAUUAAAUGACACAUUAAUUUAUUCUUUGGAAUCUAAGAGAUGGACUGGUUAAAAAUUAUUAUUUGAUGAAGGUAUAGCAUAACAUGCUUAAUGUACUGCAUAUGAUAAUAAAAGAAAUAUUGAAACUGUUUAUAUCUUUGGUGGAUAAACAGCAAAAUUGAAUUCAUUUCCUUUAAUGAAGAUGAUAUUUUAUGGACUUCAUCCUGUUGGUUGGGAGAAAGUAUAAUAUUCAGGUUAAGCACCAGAAGGUAGAUAUAAUCAUACUAUGGAAAAUGUUGGUGAUUAUUUAAUUUUGAUAGGUGGAAGAUCAUAAGAAAAAAGAGAAUAUUAAAAUGAGAUUUAUAUAUUUCAUCUACAAAAGAGUUAUUGGACUAUAGCAUAAAGAUAAGGAUUAUAAACAAAAAGAUGGAGUCAUUCUAGUUGUGUAAAUGGUAGUAACAUUUUAUGUUUUGGUGGAAUAGGUGAAAAUACUUAUUUAUCUCCUCAUAUUUAUUAAAUAGAAACUGAUAAUUUUAAAAUCAAAGGUAAGAUUGUUGUUGUUAAACCAUUAUCAACAAUAAAUGAAGAAAUUUCUAGUAAUAGUCCUCCUAUGAUAAUUACUAGAGAAUAGGAUUAAGAUUCUAAGAAAAUUUGUAGAUUAGAGAAAUUUAGAAAAGCUAGAAAAAUGUAUGAAUAAAUUACAACUUAUUUGCCAUUACCUAAAUUGAAAACACCUAAAAUGAGAUACGAUCUCUUAAUUCAUUUUGUUAAGAACGUACUGAAAUAAAUUGGUUAUAUUUGA